AGGGUAAAUAUUACACCGUCACACAACUGUUACUUUCCUUCGCCUGCGAAGCAAUGAAAGGAGGCCGCAAGAGAACCGAGACACCGCCGCCCAGCGAUGAGACGCCAGUGGCGGUCGGCGAAAACACCGUUGUCUUUUCGGAACAAGAAACCACUCUGGAGGAAGAAGAAGCAACUUUUGAAGAAGAAGAAGAAGAAGAAGUAGAUGAUGAAGAAAUCGCCGAUGAUAGGGAUGGAGAUGAAGAUCAUCACCACGAAGCUACCCGAGAAGGCGAGUCUGCAAAGCUCGAAGAAGGCUUCUAUGAGAUCGAAGACAUUCGGAAGAAGCGUAUGCGAAAGGGCGAAGUCCAAUAUCUCAUCAAAUGGCGCGGAUGGCCGGAAACUGCUAAUACAUGGGAGCCAAUCGAGAAUCUCAAGUCUUGCGCCGAUUUCAUCGAAGUAUUCGAGGAGAGGUCACAAUCCCGAGGCCGGAAGAAACGAAGGAAGAGCAGUGUACUCAAUAAUACGAUUAUAAAGAGGAAACCGCGUUCUCUUAGGAACGAAGAGGCUUGUCCUCCUAUUGAGAAUGAGCGUGGAGAAGAGAAGCAGGUAAUUGAAGAAGCUGAAGCAAAUGGAUCUCAUGAAACUAAUGAGAAGAAGAAAGAGAGCGAUAAGGAGACUGGGCGCAUCUUAAUCCAGCUUAACGGCCUCGGUGCGGAGGAAGAAGGAUCCAUGGAGGAUGGAUCCUCAAAGGUUGAGUUUUGUCAUCCUGUUGGAUCAAAGAAGAGGAAAUCUGGUUCUGUGAGAAGGUUCAAGCAGGAUUUAGUCCAGGAUAAUCAGGAUGAAGUUCAUAAUGUUGUUAUCGGAGUAGAAAAGCUGGGAAAUGAAGACGCAGAUUCGAACGAGAAUGAGGAAGAGAUCGGGAACAAGGCGAAGAAGCUUGAUGAUUCCACGAAUCCACAUACCAUUACCAAGAUACUGAAGCCUGUUCGUUUCCAUGCUUCUGUUACUGAUAAUGUUCAACAUGUUUCCAUACUUUUUAAGGCAUUGAGGUCUGAUGGACAGGAAGUUCUUGUGGAUGAUAAGGAUUUGAAGCUGAAUAAUCCAUUGCUUCUGAUAAGCUAUUAUGAGCAGCAUCUCCGUUAUAGUUCUCUUUCAUGAGUUGCAGAGCUGAAAUAAAGCUAUUUUUGACUUGAUUGAAUCCAAACUUACUGGUUAUUCCUUUGGCAAUUGGCAUUUUGUUUCAUGAGCAGAAGGAAAUUGGUCUGCAAUAUGAUUGAAGCUGCUUCUAUCUGAUUUGCUGGAUAUUGUACCAACAGGUAAAUAUCAAAUCUCAUUGCAAGUUUGCAAAUUUGCUGGUGGAGUUGGAUGGUUUUGUUGUGUUUCUUUACUUUUUUUUUGUGGAGGAAACCAUGCUGUACAAUGGUUAGCUGGAGUUGAUUGAUAUGGUUUUCUUUGAGCCUUCAGAGGGAAGUAGUGUUAGAGAGGUUUUGUUUUCUGAAAUUAUGUGUUCAGCUGUAUAACGGUAAUGAAUGGGCAUGUUAUCUGAACAUUCAACAAGGAGAUUAAGGUGCUUGUUAGUUAAUGUUUUGAUAAAAUAUCUUUGUUUUAUUUAAAA